GCUGAAGGUCAGUGGAUGCUACUCUCUUUAUGGGCGUCUAUGGACGGGAAUUUGUAAGAGCGUUGAAGAUGGAGACAGGCCUGAGGGAGGAGGACCUCUCAGAGGAGCGAUGGAGGCAGUUGGAAGAUAUCGCUGAGACUGGUGUGGAGUCAGUGAUGAGGAAAUUGGGGGAGAGAUCGGGAGGGGAGUUGGCGGCUAUGAUCAACCAGCUUAUGACCGGUGGAGCUACGAUCAUCUCGGCCCAGGAGAUCAACGCUACCAACUCGAGACCAUUGCCGGCGGCUUCGAUGCCGUCUACAGGCUUACUGCCCUUCCCGAAGGAGGUCGAUACGACAACCAUGGGAGGCCGACUGGCGGCACCGGAGCGCCUAAAGACCGGGCCGAAACGCCCGGCGGAAGGCGCGUCUCUUUUGGCUACUCCUAGGGCAGUUGACCAAGUGGGGCGGAGGGGAACGUUCGUGUCUGGAAAACGACGACGGUUACGUCUGCAGGAGUUGGCGCGGAAUAUUAGAAAUUCGUUAGAAGGCGGAUGCUUGACUACUAAGGAGGAAGAGGACGGCUUGGCUGAGGACUUUGCGAAGGACUUGGGUAUCUAG